AAUGUGUGAGUGCCUACGUGAUGUGAUGAGAUGUUGAACUCUGAUGACUGCACCCUAUCCUUGGACAAUCUGUUUUUUGAGAAACCAAUUGUCCACAAAGUGAAGCCCUUGCACCAGGAGGCCAGUCCAUGGCAGCUGGAAGUGCCUCCUCGUCUUUCUGAGAUUCCAGCCACUCAGGAUAUGCAGGAGCAGGCACAGUCUCUCUCCUCUCUAUACACUUUCUCACAGAAACCCAAGACGUUCCUGCCUCCUUACAAAGGAUCAACUGGCUUUAAAGUCUUUCCAUCAAAAAUCAACAGUCUUUGCAGUUACAACAACAAUGAGACUGAAAUGAAAGAGGCUGAAACUCAGGAUGUCAGCAACAGCACCAGCAGAUGUGAUGGCCUUUGGGGAGGUGAAUGGUUCAGGGAUUACUCUCAGGGUGCCUGUCAGAGUGGCAGACGUGGAGAUGAAACCCCGCAGGACCCUGGUCAUGCAGCCAUCGGCCAGGGGUGGUUGUCUCUCGACUGCAGCAAAAGCCAACCUCUUAGGAGAAGCUUGUUCAAGGUUCAGGUGUUCAACAAUGGAGGUGACUCGUCAAACACAGAUGACCUCAGUAGCAGCGGCAGCCAGACGGCAUCCAGGCCUGAAACUUUUCUCACUCGGGUUACCAUGGCGACAGUGCCUCCUCCUCUUCAGCCGCCACGGGUGACAGUUAGCCAGGCAGCUCCUCCUUUCUCCCCCCAGUCCCACUUCCCAUUGCCCCCUCCUCUUGGCUCAUCUGCAGCGAGUGCCCGACCCCUGCAGCAGGCGGCACAUGCAGAGAUGCAGGACAAGGGCACAAAGAGAGUCUUCGUUCCGCCCAUGUCGCCUCAGCCCCUCCACAUACAAGGGUCUUCUGGUGCUGGAAUUUUGCGACCAGUUUCUGAAAUCCCAGCUAAGUUCAGAUCCGUCUUCAACGAGUUCCCCUUUUUCAACUAUGUUCAGUCCAAAGCACUGGAUGAUGUUCUUUACAUGGGUAAGAACUUUGUGGCUUGUGCUCCUACUGGAUCUGGUAAAACAGUGCUGUUUGAGUUGGCCAUCAUUCGUCUGCUAAUGGAGACCUCAGAGCCCUGGAGAGAUGUCAAAGUUGUCUAUAUGGCCCCUAUCAAAGCUCUCUGCAGUCAGUGCUUUGAGAGCUGGAACAAAAAGUUUGGUCCUCUGGGGCUGAGCUGUAAGGAGCUGACAGGUGACACAGAGGUCGAUGACUUCUUUGAAAUUCAGGACUCCCACAUCAUCCUGACCACACCUGAAAAGUGGGACAGCAUGACAAGAAAAUGGAAAGACAACUGUUUGUUGCAGCUUGUCAGGCUCUUCCUUAUUGAUGAGGUGCAUGUGGUGAAUGAUGCGACCCGUGGUGCCACUCUGGAAGUGGUGGUGAGCAGGAUGAAGGCCGUACAAGCCUACAGGAGAACACAGAAUCCAGAGACAGGCCUUUCUAUGAGGUUUGUGGCUGUAUCGGCCACCGUACCCAACAUCUCAGAUAUAGCAAACUGGCUGUCAAAUGAAAGUGGUCCAGCCACAUAUCUGGAGAUGGGUGAGAGCCACCGUCCAGUGAAGCUGCGGAAGGUGGUGCUGGGAUUCCCUUGCAGCUCAAACCAAACAGAAUUCAAGUUUGACCUGUCACUCAACUACAAGAUGGCCAACAUCAUUCAAACAUACUCUGACCAGAAGCCUGCACUGGUGUUUUGCUCUACAAGGAAAGGUGCCCAGCAGUCAGCUACAGUAUUGGCCAAGGAUGCUCGGUUCAUCAUGAGCAUUGAGCACAAGCAAAGGUUGAUGAAAUAUGCAAACUCUAUUCUGGAUUCAAAACUGAGAGAUCUGGUGAUGUUAGGAGUUGGUUACCACCAUGCAGGAGUUGACUUGUCUGAUAGGAAGGUGAUAGAAAAGGCCUUCACUCUGGGAGACCUGCCUGUACUCUUUACAACCAGGACUCUGGCCAUGGGGGUGAAUCUGCCAGCUCAUCUGGUGGUAAUCAAGUCCACCAUGCAGUAUGUGGCAGGCUCCUGUGAGGAGUACAGCGAGGCCGACUUGCUGCAGAUGAUAGGCCGAGCUGGAAGACCACAAUUUGACACAUCAGCAACUGCAGUCAUCAUGACCAAGAUCCAAACCAAAGACAAGUACAUGAAACUAAUGAAUGGGAUGGAAAUUAUUGAGAGCAGCUUACACAGUCAUCUGGUGGAGCAUCUGAAUGCUGAGAUCGUUCUCCAAACCAUCAGUGAUGUCAACAUGGCUCUGGACUGGAUACGCUCUACCUUCCUCUACAUCAGAGCUCUGAAGAACCCUACACACUAUGGCUUCUCCGCUGACUUGGACAGACAUGGAAUUGAAGGAAAAUUGCAAGAACUGUGUCUGAGGAACCUCAAUGCUCUCUCUUCCAUUGGUCUGAUCGAAAUGGAUGAGGAUAUCAACAUCAAACCAACAGAGAUCGGAAGGUUGAUGGCAAGGUACUGCGUUGCCUUCGACACCAUGAAGCAGUUUAGCAAUGUGGCUGGCACUGAAAACCUGCCUGACCUGAUUGUGUUGGUGUCGAAGAGCAGAGAGUUUAGCGACAUUCAGUUGAGAAUGAAUGAGAAGAGGCCUUUGAACACAUUGAACCGGGACAAGAACAGGAUCACCAUCCGGUUUCCCAUUGAGGGAAAGAUCAAAACCAGUGAGAUGAAAGUGAACUGCUUGAUUCAGGCUCAGUUGGGUUCCAUCUCAAUUCAAGAGUUUGGACUAAGCCAAGACACAGCAAGGAUCUUCAGGAAUGGGAUGCGCAUCAGCAAAUGCCUGUCAGAGUAUCUGAGUCAGCCAUCCAAGACUGGUUUUUCUGCUCUGCUAAACUCCCUGAUCCUGGCUAAGUGCUUCAGAGCCAAGCUUUGGGAAAACUCGCCCUAUGUUUCUAAACAGCUGGAGAAGAUAGGGCAGACAUUAUCAACUGCUAUGGUGAACGCUGGACUCACUACUUUCAGCAAAAUAGAGCAAGCUAACGCCAGAGAGCUUGAGCUGAUUCUCAACAGACAUCCACCAUUUGGCAACCAAAUCAGAGAAUCUGUCAUACACCUCCCCAAGUAUGAAGUUACUUUGGAGCAGCUUCCAAGGUAUAGCUGUGUUUCAGCUGAGAUUGUGGUGAAGGUGACCCUAAAAAACCAAGAACAGCUGCUGUGCAGAAGAACAGCUCCCCACCACCACUAUGUCUCUUUGGUCAUCGGAAAUUCAGACAAUAAUGUGAUCUUCCUACAGAAACUCACGGACUUGGUGCUGUUGAAGUGUGGUACCUGGGCGAAGAAGAUUGAGGUGCCAAAGGCUUCAAAAGGAGAGGAAAUCAGUGUUAAUCUCAUCAGCUCAGAAUAUGUGGGCCUGGACAUCCAGCAGAAGUUCAACAUGUACUACUCUGGAGCCAGGAGGUUUGGAAAUGAUAACCCACACUACAUAUCAUAUGAUCGUUCUGGACAGAGACCACAGCAGUGUACAGAUCAGACUGCAGCUCAGAGGGAAAAUGCCACAUCUGCCACAGACCAAGAUUUAGGCAAUAAAAGACAGUGCAACCACUUCUGCAAGAAUAAGGAUCUCUGUGGCCAUGACUGUUGCAAAGUAGGUGUAACUCUGACACGAAAGAGGACAGCAAAUCAAGAAUCCAGUUUUUCAACCUAUUUAAAAGACCUGAGGAGCAGGUGUGACACACUUGUUCAGACUCCUGCCAAACGACUCAAGAUGAAAAUGAGCGAGGAGUCUGUGUCUGUCAACAAACAGGAGUUUGCUUUCAAACACAAAGAGAGGUUGCCUACAGGUUCCAGUUAUCAGAGUCACUAUGAAGCUUCAGUGAGACCUCACAGUGAGACUGUGGAUCUGACAGGAGAAGAAAGGGCUCACCUGUCAGACAUUGUCCAUCUGGAUGAUACUGACAAUGAUUAUGGUAACAAUGUGGAGGAAAUGCACAGGAUGACGGAGCAGCCUGUCCAAACACCUGCUGCAUCUCAUGCUCACCAUCAAAUUUCCCCAGUGUGGAUGAACCCAGGAAUGAAUGUUGGUGAGAGCCAGAACCAUACACCGCAUCAAAACCUGAUCAAUACAACCAAUUCAUCUUACUCAAAGAGGUCCACUGCUGUCUCAGACCAGAGCGCUCAAUGCGAGAAUUCAUUAUCCUCACAAAUACCAACUGUCAGCUUUGACCUUGGACAUGAAUGGGAUGACUGGGGCGACUUUGACGACGACAACUUGGUGCAUGCCAGUGAGACUCCAUUGGCUUUGUGUACAACCAGUUCUAAACCUCAAGUCCAUCAAUCUGUAGACUAUAACAUGCCAGGCUUUUCCACCACAGCAGCACCAGUAUUUCUGAGUCACUCACAAGUCAAACCUUGUGUAACCACUGCUAGUACACCACUGAGGUUGAUUUCUCCAACUUUAAGUCCUGAAAUCAGAAAACCAGGACCUUCACUGGGCGCAGUGAGACCACAGAACAGAGUCACACUGGACUGGAUGAAAAAGAGACCAAGUAUCUUCAGCAAAGCGAUGACAGUAAACGCAACAGAAAAUCUCCCAAAACAAACUGAGACCUGCACAGCCCCGCCUACCCCAAGGUUUGAUUUCUUCUCGACCAUGAGCGACCCAGCCAGAACCAGUUCAUCUAUCAGCAAACGCGAAGAAGCAGAGGCCUUCCUUGGGAUAUUUGAUGGUAUAUUUUAGAAGCACUGCUCCUACUGUCAUUGACAUGAAGUGUUUUCUUUCUGUUUGUGUUCACAUUUGGUUAACAAUCAAAAGUUGUUAUUAUUCAUAUUGUAAAUGACACUAUGAUAAUUGUUUCUAAUGUUAGUUCUAAUUGUUUCUAAUGUUAUACAUUAAUUUAUGUAUUUAUUUAUUUAAUAAAGUUGAUGUUUAACAGUUGAUUCUGUGUAGUCUUGG